CGCCGGGCCCCGCCGCGCCGCUUGCGUACCCUGCGCCCGGCACGCCAGCACCUACGCCGUCGGCUACGCCAUUUGCGCAACGGGAAGCCUCUCAGGUGCAGCGCCCGCCUCGGCGGCGUUACGGAGAAUCCGUGAAUUACAGAAAGUGACUCUCGGAGCAUCUUGGCUUUAUGAACUCUUGAGCUGUCAAGGGACUGAGAGGCUUAUGAAGAGGUUCUGUCAGGCAAAACAGCGCUUAGCAAAGACACCGAGGAGGAGGGAAAAGGAGAAAGGAAGAGAAAAACUGAAACACUAACAAACCAUGAGAUCUAUCCGAUCUUUUGCUAACGAUGACCGCCAUGUUAUGGUGAAACAUUCAACCAUUUAUCCAUCUCCAGAAGAACUUGAAGCUGUCCAGAACAUGGUAUCAACAGUAGAAUGUGCCCUUAAACAUGUCUCUGACUGGUUGGAUGAAAAGAACAAGUCUGCAAAAUGUGAGGGUGACGUGGAAGCAAAGGAGGAAGCUGCAGAAAGCAAUGCCAAGGAUCAAAGUGGUCGGACCUUGUGUGGUGUUAUGAGAAUUGGCUUGGUUGCAAAGGGCUUGCUGAUAAAAGAUGAUAUGGAUUUGGAGCUGGUUCUCAUGUGCAAAGAAAAACCCACAAAGACAUUGUUAUGUAUAGUCAAAGACAAUCUCCCAGCUCAAAUUCAGAAACUUACAGAAGAGAAGUAUCUCGUGGAGGAGCAUGUAAAUGAGGCAGCUAUUAUUAUUCGUAACACAAAGGAGCCCAAGCUAACCUUGAAGGUGAUACUUACAUCCCCUCUCAUUCGAGAUGAAGCAGAGAAGAAGGAAGGAGUAGAUAAUGUUGCGAUGAAAGAUCCUCCGGACUUAUUGGACAGGCAGAAAUGCCUGGAGGCCUUGGCGUCUCUGCGGCACGCCAAAUGGUUUCAGGCCAGGGCAAAUGGACUAAAAUCAUGUGUAAUUGUGCUUCGUAUUCUACGGGAUUUGUGCAACAGAGUCCCCACAUGGGCACCACUGAAAGGAUGGCCACUCGAGCUUAUAUGUGAAAAAUCUAUAGGUACUUGUAAUAGACCUUUGGGCGCUGGGGAAGCAUUACGACGAGUGAUGGAGUGUUUGGCAUCUGGAAUUCUGCUUCCUGGAGGCCCAGGUCUGCAUGACCCCUGUGAACGGGAGCCAACAGAUGCUUUGUCGUAUAUGACAGUUCAGCAAAAAGAAGCCAUUACGCACAGUGCCCAGCAUGCCCUCAGAUUAUCAGCCUUUGGUCAGAUCUAUAAGGUAUUGGAAAUGGAUCCCCUCCCAUCAAAUAAGUCAUUUCAGAAAUAUUCCUGGUCAGUAACUGACAAAGAAGGUACAGGUUCAUCUGCUCUCAAGAGACCAUUUGAAGAUGGUGUUGGGGAUGAGAAAGAUCCAAAUAAAAAGAUGAAGCGUAAUCUGAGGAAAAUACUAGAUAGUAAAGCAAUAGAUCUCAUGAAUGCUCUGAUGAGGCUGAACCAAAUCAGGCCAGGGCUUCAGUAUAAGCUGCUGUCACAGUCUGGUCCAGUCCAUGCCCCAGUCUUCACAAUGUCUGUAGAUGUCGAUGGUACGACAUAUGAAGCAUCAGGACCUUCUAAGAAAACAGCCAAGCUCCAUGUGGCAGUGAAGGUUUUACAAGCAAUGGGGUAUCCAACUGGUUUUGAUGCAGAUGUCGAGUGUGUGAGUUCUGAUGAAAAAUCAGAUACUGAAGGCAAAAAUGAAACAGUGUCUUCAAUCUCAAGCAAUAAUACUGGAAAUUCUACAUCUGACACCUCCACUACCCUAGAGGUAAGAACUCAGGGUCCCAUACUGACAGCAAGUGGCAAAAACCCAGUGAUGGAGCUUAAUGAAAAAAGAAGAGGUCUGAAGUAUGAGCUCAUCUCCGAGACGGGUGGAAGCCAUGACAAGCGCUUUGUGAUGGAGGUAGAAGUAGAUGGCCAGAAGUUCAGAGGUGCAGGUCCAAAUAAGAAAGUAGCAAAAGCAAGCGCUGCAUUAGCUGCACUUGAGAAACUGUUUUCUGGGCCUAAUGCAGCAAACAACAAGAAGAAGAAGAUUCUUCCUCAGACUAAAGGGGUUGUCAAUACAGCUGUUUCGGCAGCAGUCCAGGCUGUUCGAGGUAGAGGAAGAGGUGCUUUAACACGAGGGGCAUUUGUUGGGGCAGCUGCUGCUACUGGAUACAUAACACCAGGCUAUGGAGCACCAUAUGGGUAUAGUACAGCUGCGCCAGCUUACGCCAUAUGCACUUGUAUAAAAUAAGCAGAAAUGUAAUGACUGUAAGCUGAGAUCGUGAUGUAAAAGGUAAGAAAUUUUAUUUUAAGCUUAAAGAAUAUUUUUAUUGAUUUUUUCUAAAAAUCUCACAUACCUGUGACAAUCUUGUAUAUGGCAGAUUUUUAUUAUGUUUUGUGUAACUCUAAACAUUCAAACAAGUAAUAUGCAGUUUUGGAUUCCAACUUCAUGUUUUUCAAGGCCACUUCAAAUAUUCCAGUUUCAGUUAAAAAUAUAUAUAUAUUUCUUAACACUUUUAAGAAAUAGUUUGGUUUUAUCAACAGACUGUUCUUCAAAUAUCUUUCUCUAGCAUAGCCUAAAAAGCUGUUUUGAUACUGCUAUGUAUCAGGCACCGCAUUCCUUGCAUACUUGUGGAAAACAUUUAGGUAGGUACUAAAGCCUGGCCAUGGCCCGCACUGAAAGCCAUACCAUGGUUACCGUUAUGUGAAAUAAAAAUGUGAAGUGUAAUUUGUGGUAUUAUCUAACUAACAAGAGAGAAAUUAUUUCCCUAAACUAGUAAAGCUGAACUCCAAACUGAGAAUGAAAGACUUUGAUGAUGUUAGAGUUUAAAUCUGCAGAGAUCAAAUUACAUUAGGCCAAAUUAAUUCAUGAAGCAGCCAGGUUUGCUUUCCUCUUGUGGGUGCAGUGGGAGGAGAGGAAGGCAGGCAGGAAAAGAUUUAACUCUGCAUGAAUAAAUUGUUUGGCUGUAGUUUUCUAAAGCUAGAAAUUAAGAUAGGGGCAUCCGUAAAUAAUUAUUUUCAGUUCUGUAGUAAAUGUUUUAGAUGAUAUUUUACUUGGUGUAAAAUGAUUUUGGAUUAUGACUUAUAUGGUGCACAUGAUAUGUGUAGUUUUAAAAUACUUGGUUUUUUAAUUUGCAUUUAUAUAACCUUACAUUAUGCAAGAUUGCAUAGCACAGUACUGCACAACUGCAGUACCUGCAGUACUUGAAGUUGCUGGAAACAACUCUUUUAUAUUAAAAAAGAAAAAAAAAAAAAAGGAAAAGGGUGGGAUUGAUGAUGUAUUAGCAUUUUAGGGUCUCAAUUCAGACAUGAAAGCAUUAAAAAACCCUGACUGAUCACAGUUUAUACUGAUGUAAAACAGAAAAAUACUUGGUAUGAAAUAUGUAGUAAAUCAAGCCUAAAGCUUGUUGUUUUGCAUCAAAAUAUAACAGCAAAAAUAAACUAUAUUUCUUUUUCAAUACUGAAAAUAUCAAAUUCAGUAAAUAACUGCAUGUGUAGGUUCUCCAUAACUCAGGAUAUGUCUGGAUAAAAUACAUAGGUUGAUGUAGAAAAAUAGCUGUCAAAUAUUGUUGGGUUUAGUAAUGUUGGAGGAAACCCGAUCUUGCAAGUGGCCUAUGUAUCUGCACCUGGAGAAAUUAAGUUCAGGAACUUUACCAGUGACUUGCCCACUAAAGCACAUAACUGUUUGAUUACAUUUGCAGGUGCAAUUGAUGAGCCAUCAGAAUGACCUUUCUGUUUGGUGGUGCAGAUUUUCAUCUGCUGUUAUCUUCGAGGUAUAAAUAUAGGGUUUGGUCUGAAGCUCACUUAAUAUUCAAUUAUUUGUUCAGCCUGUAAGGCAAAGCAAUCCUGAUAGUGGAGCAGCAGGCUGCUCUGUUUCCUCUGAAAGACAGUGUUUUAUAUGCUUCACGGCAACGUUAAGGCACAUUAUAAUGAACUUCUCUUGAGUAUUCCUUUUGUAGGUUUAACUGAUGACAGUCUGACAAGCAGCUUAUCUGUCCAGUUCAAGGACUGAUUAAUAAAAUGUCUUGUUGACUUCUUUGAUCUCUCUCUUUGUGGCCUGGAUUUGGCAGCUUAAUCCAUUUGUAUUGGUUUUCAUCAGCACUGUUUUGACUGUGUAUUUCCAUAUUUUUCUGUCAUUACCCUCUUAACUCUUACAAUCGUAAGCAUUCUGCCCUUCUGCUUUUUUGACAUUUUCACUUUCUUGGAUCUUCUCCUCCUCUUUUUCAAUGAAAAGAUACUAAAUUUCUUUGGUAUAUUUUUGCUCAGUAGGCAAACACUUAUGGCCAAAAAUUGUCCCCUUGACUUUGCUGCACGCCUUCGCAGUAGGAUGGACACCAUUUCCUGACAUGAAGUACAUGUUGUACUUAAAACUCCUAAAUCCUGGUUUUGAAGCCAUGUGGAAUCAGUGACAAGACUCUACUGUGGGUGCUAAGACUUCCUAGGACUGUCUCAUUCACGGUGGUACUUGAGCAAAACAUUCACAUGUUCUGAAACAUCUUUCAUGUAGGUUCCACAAGUGCCUAAUACAUUGGCAUUUGAGAGAACUGUUACGGACUGCAUUCUAACCAGUAGGUUUUAACCAAACCAAAAUACCAGGCUAUUAUUUGAUGAGUGAGUUGGAUAACAUCUACUUGAUCAAUGUUGCAACAGCCACUGUUUUAAGGCAGAAUUAGAAACUGCUUUCUUUUGCCUAUAACACUUGCAGGUUUCCUUUUAAAAUCCACCUCACUAAGAGAAUGGUCUGAAGUGCCUCUUCUGUGAGAUUGAGGUCUGCUAUUUGAUGGCUACCGAGCUUUGUCUUUCUGGAUAUAUGCAGCAGUCAAUGUGGAAACCUGGUUCCAUGUGCUUUGUGUAGCUGCUGCUAUCUUUGCCAAUUCUGCAGUACCAUUUAUGUGAAGCAAAAAUAUUUUACAGUUGGAAUUUCUGGUUCAUGGAAAAGAAUUCUGAAAAAGUUCCUUUCAACUACUACAUAUAAAUAGGACACUCGGGAAAGUCUGUAUCUAUUCACUUCCCACCUUAACUCUAGUUUUAGCUAACCAGAUGCCAGUAUAUAUUUUGGGAGAUGAUGUCUGGCACUUAAAGGAUUAAAAGAAACCAGAGCUUUACAAUGAAAAACUGACCUGCUUAGUGGGUUACCUGGACUGGAGAUGAAUGGCAUUAACAUUGACUUUGGACGAAUAAAUGUGAGCUUGGGUGGCCUGGCUGGUUGACAUGGAGGGAAGUGAGGCUAUUUACAGAAUUGCGAGAUUAAAACACAGGCUGUUCCAUUGUUCCAAUAGCGUUUAUUUGCUUUUAGCUGUUCUGGCAUACAAAUCCACAAUCACACACAGUGGAUUUCCCUUUCUAACAGAUUGGAUUUUCUGGAACCAUGUGAGGGAGAAAUGUAUAAGCAGCCUGUUGAGUUGUCAGAUUGGUAUCUGAAGUGGCCGUGCAGGACAGCAGUCUUCACAGAUGGAAACCUCUAAGUACAGUAUACUGCUAACCAUACCUCAGCAUUUUUCUUCCUGAUGGUUGAGUGGCAGCUGGAAUGGUUGUCAUUUUCCCGGAUAGGAAACUGUGACUUUUGAAGAAAUAACAUAUUUAACAAGGGAACUUAAAUCCUACUUUGCCAGCCACAUGAAAUUUCUACAGGCAUGUUCUGUCUACAGACGGGUUUAAGGCAACCAGAUCGCUUUGGAAGAAAAGUGUUAUCUUGAGCUAGUGUCUCAAUUGUACAUGAUACAAACACCAUAGAAAAAUCUGCCUAAACCUUUUGAGACAUAAUUCCAUCACCAUCCUUUGCUUGAAAGCCUUUAUGUUAAAGCACCAGGGUUGAAUGACUGUGAAAGGACUUGGCGAGCUGAAAGCAUGGCACAUGAUGCUUCCUGCCAUCGUAUCCUCUCUCUGCCAGUGCUUGCUGUCUUCUUUAAGUGUGCAUUCUGGAGCUGGAACAUGGUGACCUUAUUCCUGGGCAUUGAGCCAUACGGAUGGAGGCCAGCCUAUACCCAUGAAGGGACUGUGUAACACACGGCCUCUGUUGCCCAAGCAGUUUCUGUUGGACACAGUACACAAUCCAGCCCUCACAAAGGCAAUUUAGUGCCUGGGUAGGUGGUUCCUAAUCUGUCUAAUUUGCUGUCAUGCAGCCAAUGUGAGUUAAUUAGAUGAUUCAGCAAUUGUCGUGGCUCCCAGUUAAUGUGCUGUAAACCCUGCUGCCCUAAGUUUCACUGGAGCAGCAUACCUUAGUUUCUGUGAGUGCUUCCCGCUGCCUUUUCUGAUCUUCUCUAGCGUCCCAGUAAAUAACCAAGUCUCUAAAGUUACAGAAUCUUUAUGUAGCUGUUUCUAGAUUGUUGAGAAUUUCUAAUCAGCCAAUGAAAAGCUUUAGGGAACAAGUUUUCCUAGAAACUUAUUAAUGUGCCAAUGGACUAUUUUUACUCAUGUGCAAACAUCUGUGAGAAGUAUUCUGGUAUCUCUGAUCACUUGAAAGGGCACUAGUACUCCUUCUUUAAGAAUACUUGCCUUCUGGCAGAAAAAAAUAGAUUUAAUGUUUGUCUUAAUUCUAAGAUUAUUUGUGCCUUUUUCCUUUCAUUGGACUACUAAGAGAAAUUUCCCUGACCACAAGUUUCUUGCAUUAAUAGGAAGUAGAAAAUGAAGGAGGAGUGGCAUGAAGACUUUUCAGGUGUUCCAGGAAAAAAAUCUCGUUUGUUGGCUGUUCAACUACGGGACAUCAAUCUCCUGGCAAUUCUAAAAUGCCAAGAUAGCAAUAAAUGUGAGCAGCUUCAAUGUACUAUCCUUGAUCCAAUCCAGCAAUGUCCUUGGAGAACGAGUCUGACAGUCCCUGUGUUUUCAGUCACUGAUCUCUGACAGAAAGUGUAGAAGCACACGGGUCCCUUGCUUCAUUUUUAAUUCUCCAUCUGUACUACAAGAGUCCAUGGGUCAUCACAGUCUAGUGAUGAGAUUCCCAAACAUCUCACCAGAACUGUGUAAAUUAAGAGCUAGCACAACAUUAUAGUAUUUCAGUCUUAGACAAAAUUCCAAGUUUCCCUCUGCAUCCUUUGCUCUGUAGGCAAUACAAUACAAUCAUUCUGUAUUAGAACUUAGUGCCUUUAGAUAAAUUCUCUGUAGUCAGUUGCUUGCUAAUAAAUAAAGGGAAAAAUAUGUCUUCCACCUUCAAAUGAGUUCCAAGUCACAUAAGCAGCUUACAAAAAAAGGCUCCUACUUCCUGAGGCUCUGGGAAACAGCACAAGAACUCUGCCAGGGCAGACUCUUUUGGAUACAUGAUGAGAUACACAAAUAUAAAGUUCAGACUGCUGUUCUCAGUCAUGAAUCACACUGGGGCCUCUCCUCUGGCAACAAAAGAAUGAAAAUGAGGUCUCUGCUGGCCUUACAGAGAAGUUCUGUUAAGUACAGUUGUACUGUCUUAAGAACCAGUAACUGAGCUUGAAUUUUCAGGACACAGACCCUCUCAAGCGUCCUGCUG